CACGACAAGGAAGUAAUCACAAUAGCCUUGCUGAUUUGGUGGUUGGUUGGGUAACGAGACACUUUUUGGGCUAGUGAGUAGGUAAACGUUUUCACCUUUUUCGAUUGUGUAUAUUGCGAGCGAUUCCGCAUCAUGUAACAACGGAUGGACAUGCGCUUCCUAUGCGAACCGAUUGAAUAACUUCUAACCUAUUCAAUUACUUUUUUCUUCGUUUAUAUUACUUUUGUCAUAAAAAGGAAUAGGACAGAACAUUUGGCCAUAUUGUUGCAGACAUUUGGCAUAGAAAACCACCCCAAAAUGUGACACAUCAAGAGGAAAAAGCGAUCAUCAAAACCCAAUUGGAUAAACAUGUUCGAGUCCACUAUCACCGUCAACCCACGAUGACUGAUCCCUAAAGUGGAUCCCCCUUCCCCGGUAUUAUUCUAGUUCGUGCGUGUCCGGUGAACGAGGAGAUGAGCAAGGCGAGAUGGGACAGUGUCUCAGUUCAGAACAAGACCUAACGGAGGAGGGGAAGAAGGCGAAGCUUCAGAGCGCGAAGAUAGACAGGGACCUGUAUGAAUACGCCAAGAGGGAGAUGAACGUGGUCAAGAUACUAAUGCUCGGAGCAGCAGAGAGUGGGAAGAGUACACUGGUCAAACAGAUGAAGAUCAUCCACAGCCAUGGCUUUACCAGGCAAGAGCUGACCAGCUUCAAGCCGGCGGUGCUGGACAAUCUUCUGACCUCUAUGAAGUUUGUCCUCCACGGGAUGGGCGUUCUCCGGAUCAACCUGACGCACAGCAAGAACAAGGUGCACGCCCACUCUGUGUUGUCCUGUGGGAGGUGUUUUGAUGAGGAUCAGGUGCUGUUUCCUUUCAUUGGCCAUGCCAUUUCCUGUCUGUGGGCUGACCAGGGGGUCCGAGAGGCCGCAACCCGGGGUUACGAGUUUGAACUCAACGACUCUGCCCUGUAUUUCUUUGAGAACAGGGUUCGUAUCAUCUCUCCGGACUACGUUCCCACGGAAACGGAUGUCCUGAGGGUCAGACUGAGGACCACCGGGGUCAUAGAGACACAGUUCAAAGUCAAACACCUGCUCUUCAGGAUGUAUGAUGUGGGGGGUCAGAGAACAGAGAGGAGGAAGUGGAUUGGUUGUUUCGAGGACGUCCGGGCCGUGGUAUUUGUUGUUUCUCUCAGUGGAUACGACAUGACUCUAGUAGAGGACCCAUGUAUGAACCGCCUACAGGAGAGUCUGAAACUCUUCUCUUCCAUCUGCAACAACAUCUUCUUCAAGAGUACCUCAAUGAUCUUAUUUAUGAACAAGAUCGAUCUUUUUCAAGAGAAGAUUUUACAUUCGGGGCGGCAUCUACGGCUGUAUGUGCCGCAGUUCAAAGGUGCAGACUGUGACGUGGACUCUGCGGCCCGAUACAUCGCCGGAAUGUUUGUGUCUCUCAACGCCACGCCCAGCAAACUCAUCUACCAUCACUUCACCACGGCAACGGACACCUCCAACGUACAGAUUGUUUUCCAGGUCGUCAUGGACACCAUCAUCAAAGAGAACCUAGAGGCUGUCUCUCUGCUUUGAUUGGUUCUAAGAGUUCCUAUGAGUUCUAACAGUUCUGAUGGUGCUGGUUGGCUUCUGGGCUCUGGGGGGGAAGUUUCCCUCGGUACAGAGCUAGACUCAGCUUCCUCUCACCAAAUCAUAACCUUAAAGGGUCAAUCAGCAGUUGCUACGUACAUUUUUGGACUUAGCAACUGGCCCAUUGAUUCUUGAAGAAUGUAACUUUAUAAAUGCCUCAUGAGCUUAAUUAAAAAUAUAAGCUUGUUUUACUCCGAUGUUUGUAAACAACGUAAAUGUAAACAAAUAGCAUCAACAUGGUUAAAACUAGAAUGUUGAUAUCAUGGAUUGACAGUCUUUGCAUCCAUAGCUCUAGCUAUGCAUUUGAGAGCGGUUACAAUUCUCCUGCCCCGUCCCUCAGCUUUUUACCAAAACAGACGGGGAGUACGCUUUGUUAUUGUUUCAACUGCUGAUUGCUGCUUUAACUGUUAGCGGUGGAAAUGGAAAACCGACCCAGGAUCAGUGACUAGGGGCUACGUCACCCUACUCCGUUAUCCGGUUCCGGUUUUAAGUCGACUUCCUAAUGAAAGCCCCUGUUCAGUUCCUCUGGAACUGUUUCCAUGACUUUUUGGAACGAGGAGGAGGUCCGCUGGAGAACAUUUCACUUCCCUCUCCUUGUUUUGGUGAACAAUCAUGGACUAUGGUACAUAUUUAUUUGUGUUGUUGUUAUGCAACCCUAAUCAGAAUAUGAAUAAUACAACAUCAACAUUUAAUUGUUAACAUACUUGUUAUAUUUCUUAUUCAUACCAGAGCUGCCUUAGCAGCUCAUUGGAGGGACAUUGUAGAUGGUGAUGAUAGGCUGCCUCUCAGCUUUGGUUGCUCGGUUACAGUCAUCCGGCUAAAUGCUCACUCAGCUUAGUGCAUGUCUUAGUGUGUGUGUGGGCAGGCAGGCAGGAGUGAGGAUUUACCGUUUGUCCAUUAGAUGCGCGGGCAGUGUGGUACUGCGUGUUGAGGUGUGGAGUUAUGGGUCACUCAUCCAUACAGACUGUGUGUGUGAGGUAAGGGGUUCACUCAUCCAUACUGUGUGUGUGUGUUAAGGGGUUCACUCAUGCAUAUAGACUGUGUGUAUUUUCCUCCCAUCCAUCAAUGCCUAUCACUCCUUAAUGGGACCGAGAUCACAGAAAACUGGCUUCAUUUAACUGCAGUAAAUCUCAUCACUCUUUUGUGUCCUGCUCUCUCUCUCUCUUUCCCUCCCUCUCUCUUCCGCUCUCAAAUACCUCUUCCUUUCACUCUCUUUCUUAAUUUACAUGUUUUAUUCUGUCAUUCAUUUGGGGAUUUUUGACUAAGUUGCCCAACAGACAAGUAUCUGUUGGAAGAACUAUUUUCUAAGCAUUUAUGAGAAAUAAAAUCUUACCAUUAUGUA